CAAAGGUGUACUCUGCAGGGCAGAUAUGCCAAUCAAGCAAGACAGAAACCUAGAACUUCUAAAAACCACUACAGUCUUUCCUUUUGAAGAAAACGUUGCAACCAUGUCUGCACAGAGUAUAUGCAAUGACCUAAGAGACAUAUUGCUAGAUUUCCAGAGAUAACAAAGACAUAGAUGGAUAAUUCUCAGCAUUACUACUGUGUAAUAAUUUUCUGAUGCAGAUUACAAUACUGUUGCCUUGCCCACUAUGGCUGCUGCUAAACACUUCUGUUAUUUUGAGAUGCAGAAGAGCUAUAAUACUGCACAGUAACUAAGUACAUGCACAGCUUUCACUUCAACUCUUUCCCUUGAAAGCCAAUGCCAUCGUGUGACUCAUGUUGUGAAAAGCUCAGUUAGGUGAUUCUAUAAUUAAACACAGCAAGGUCAGGAGAAAGGAGGACAACUCAACACCUCUACUGCCAUCAGAGCACAUCUGUUUUUGCCACAGUGAACUGUAAGGAAGAAGCACUCUGAUAGCAGCUGAUGACACUUAUGAUACUUUACCACAUUCAAAGAUCACCUGUACAAUGAACCAGUGCUGCAGGAAAUUCUAAUAUGCUGCUUUCAACAGUGGAUAAGUGUACAUACUCUGAAAAAGCUUGCUUAUGCUAUCUGAUAUGACUCUGGCCUUACCUUUGCAUUUGAAUUUCUGAGAGUCCUUCAGAGAUGGCAUUUUGACCUCAUACGUUCUUCAUUUUGUGGGCGUGCAUACAGCCCUCAUGCUCCUCCUGUGCUGAUUCCUGUAUAGGACAGUUGGCUGGACCACAGGAUUGUGAGAAGUUUGUAGCGGUUGUCCUCAGCAGGCUUUGACAUGGGAGUGCAAGUGUACAUACUCCAAAACAAAUGUCUAGUACACUGGAAACUUAGGAAACAGCCCAUUGUAGUGAUAUCUUGCACCAGCUGGGGUACAAUGCUGUGCCACAACUGACCUGUUCCUACAGAAAUGCUGCUUCCAAUGGACAGCUGUAAGUAUGGUUUACAACAGUAAAGGCAACAGAUGUGGCUGAAGAUGAUUAUUAUCCCUAAUGUGAUAAGAAAGUCACCAGGGGAAACUAAGAAUCAUUUUAAUCUACAGUGCUGUUGAUUUCAUUAGGUUUGGCAUUCUGUAGAAGAUACAGAUGUGAAAAAUGCAACGACGUUAGUCAGAAAACUUGCUUAAGAAUAAAUGGAUUAAAAAAUAGUGACAGCAAGGUGCUGUGUGUGUGUGCAAAGCACAGCUGGGAAGUAAUCUGACCACAGUAAAAACAUGUCCUUAAAAUCUGCUCCUCAAAAUGGAAUAGUACUGCAGCUGUAUGUUUGAUCAGAAAAUCAGUUUGUGAAGAAAUAAGCGAUAAAUUCCAUCAACCUCGAUCACCUCCUCACAUUCACUCGGCGUUACCAUCUUCACGGGUGCAGUAAGAGCUGCUUUAAGUAUCUCUGCUACCUAAAAUAUUUACAAUUCUCAUCCCAGCUGACUUAACAGAUUUCCAAGUGGAGAUUAUGUUGUUUGUGUUUUAAGUUUAAAUGUUGCCUGCCAUCGGUGCUAUUUCUACAGACGUGUGGGACUUGCACUGAUCCUGAAACUCAGGAGGAAUAGCUCGUCCUGGGCUGAGACGGCCGGGAUCUCCUCAGCACCGACCGCGGCUACGGAGCAGGCUGUCCCUCGUUCCUCCUGCCCUGCACUGAGAACUCUCCGUGCUGCCUCCAAACCGGAGGUUCCUCGAGCUCUACCUCCUCCGGCGGCCAGGAAAGACGUUCCGGAGGAGGCACGAAGGCUGCUUAGACGGUUUUAUCCGGCGGAGGCGGGCGGGGGAGGGAUGCUCUUCCCUCCUCAGCCCAGGUACCCGCGGGUCCCCGGCACGCGUCACGAGAACACGCACCCCCGUGGCCGCGAAGUCGAGCUCAGUCGUGGCCGCGGCCGCCGAGUGGUAGAGAAGCGGCGCGGCGCAGCACGGCCCAGCUGAGGGCGCGGCCCGUCCCGCCCCCGCGCCGCGCACAGCGCCAACAGCCGGAGCGGCGGCACCACCUCGGCGGCGCCGGGCCCCGCUCCCUCCUCGCGCCUCUCCUCUCUCGCCGCCUUUUCCUGUCUGCAUCCUCUCCGGUCCUCCGCCCCUCUUUCACCCCCCCCCUCGCCAUUUUCACCCGGGAGCAACUCGACUAGGACUUCCCUGAAACUUCGCGGAGAAACUCGCCCGGCGCCUCCGUGGCGGCCGCGAACUUUUCACCGCGGCGUCCGCGUCUCUGCCUCCUUCCCCGGCCCCGCGGCGCCCCGGCAGGCUGGUCCCGAUGAGCGCUCCGCCGCCGCUCCGCCCGCCUAGCCCGCUGCCGCCGCCCGGGGCUGCCGCUGCUGCUGCUGCUGGCGGCGGCGUCGCUUUCCACCUCCAGAUCGGGCUGAGCCGGGAGCCCGUGCUGUUGCUACAGGACUCUUCAGGGGACUUCAGCCUGGCCCACGUCCGGGAGAUGGCUUGCUCCAUCGUCGACCAGAAGUUUCCUGAAUGUGGUUUCUACGGAAUGUAUGACAAAAUUCUUCUCUUCCGCCAUGAUCCUACCUCUGAAAACAUUCUCCAGUUGGUGAAAUCAGCUGGAGAUAUCCAAGAAGGAGACUUAGUUGAAGUUGUCUUAUCAGCUUCUGCUACUUUUGAAGACUUUCAAAUUCGACCCCAUGCUCUUUUUGUUCAUUCUUACCGAGCGCCAGCCUUUUGUGACCAUUGUGGAGAAAUGUUGUGGGGACUGGUGCGUCAAGGACUCAAAUGUGAAGGAUGUGGUCUAAAUUACCAUAAGAGAUGUGCAUUUAAAAUUCCUAACAACUGCAGUGGUGUACGUAAAAGGCGCCUGUCAAAUGUUUCCCUAACAGGACUGAGCACUAUUCGGACAGUUUCUGCAGAGACAUCACCCAGUGUGUCGGAUGAAGCCCUUCUGCAAAAAACACCAUCAGAAUCAUUCACUGGGCGAGAGAAGAGAUCAAAUUCACAGUCCUACAUUGGACGACCUAUUCAGCUUGACAAGAUCCUACUUUCUAAGGUUAAAGUGCCUCACACAUUUGUCAUCCACUCUUACACACGGCCAACAGUUUGCCAGUACUGUAAGAAACUUCUCAAAGGGCUUUUUAGACAGGGCUUGCAGUGUAAAGACUGUAGGUUCAAUUGUCACAAACGCUGUGCUCCUAAAGUACCAAAUAACUGCCUGGGGGAAGUUGCCAUUAAUGGAGAUCUCCUUAGUCCUGGGGCUGAGUCUGAUGUGGUCAUGGAAGAAGGGAGUGACGACAAUGACAGUGAAAGAAACAGCAGUUUUAUAGAUGACAUGGAAGAAUCUAUAGCUCAUGACUCUGAGAUUUCAAUGACGGGAUGCCAUAGUGACAAUGGGGAAAUGCAGGAUCCUGAUCCAGAUCAUGAUGAAUCUAACAGGAUGAUCAGCCCUUCAACCAGCAACAAUAUUCCAUUAAUGAGAGUGGUACAGUCUGUGAAGCACACAAAAAGGAGAAGCAGCACAGUAAUGAAAGAAGGUUGGAUGGUUCACUAUACCAGCAAGGACACACUGAGAAAGCGACACUACUGGAGACUAGACAGCAAAUGUAUUACUCUUUUUCAAAAUGAUACUGGAAGUAAAUAUUAUAAGGAAAUUCCACUGUCUGAAAUUUUCUCUCUUGAACCUGCAAAAACUUUCACUUUACUGCCUCAAGGAGCUAAUCCUCAUUGUUUUGAAAUAAGCACAGCAAAUAUAGUCUACUAUGUUGGAGAAAACAUAGAAAACCUCUCAAGUGUUCCACUGAAUAAUGGUGUUCUCACUAGUGGUAUUGGCAUAGAUGUGGCAAGAAUGUGGGAGAUUGCAAUACAGCAUGCCCUGAUGCCUGUCAUCCCUAAAGGGGCAUCAAUGGGGUCGGGACCCAGCCUACACAGGGAUAUAUCCAUCAGUAUUUCUGUGUCAAACUGCCAAGUUCAAGAAAAUGUGGAUAUCAGCACUGUAUACCAGAUCUUCCCAGAUGAGGUGUUGGGAUCAGGACAGUUUGGAAUUGUUUAUGGAGGAAAACAUCGCAAAACAGGAAGAGAUGUUGCCAUUAAAAUUAUAGACAAACUAAGAUUUCCAACUAAACAGGAAAGUCAGCUUCGUAAUGAGGUUGCAAUUUUACAGAAUCUUCAUCAUCCUGGGGUUGUAAAUUUGGAGUGCAUGUUUGAGACACCAGAAAGAGUGUUUGUUGUUAUGGAAAAACUCCACGGAGACAUGCUGGAGAUGAUCUUAUCAAGUGAAAAGGGCAGAUUACCAGAGAGAAUAACAAAGUUUUUAAUUACUCAGAUCCUUGUUGCUUUAAGGCAUCUUCAUUUCAAAAAUAUAGUUCAUUGUGACCUCAAACCAGAAAAUGUAUUAUUGGCAUCAGCAGAUCCUUUCCCGCAGGUAAAACUUUGUGAUUUUGGCUUUGCUCGAAUUAUUGGGGAGAAAUCCUUCAGACGUUCGGUUGUAGGAACACCAGCCUACCUUGCUCCAGAAGUGCUGAGGAAUAAAGGCUAUAACAGAUCUCUGGAUAUGUGGUCUGUGGGUGUUAUCAUUUAUGUAAGUCUCAGUGGUACCUUUCCAUUCAAUGAAGAUGAGGACAUACAUGACCAAAUCCAGAAUGCUGCUUUCAUGUAUCCACCCAAUCCUUGGAAAGAAAUCUCUCAUGAAGCUAUUGAUCUAAUAAAUAAUUUGUUGCAAGUGAAAAUGAGAAAGCGCUACAGUGUGGACAAAACGUUAAGCCACCCCUGGUUACAGGACUAUCAAACCUGGUUAGAUUUAAGGGAGCUUGAAUGUAAAAUGGGGGAGCGUUACAUCACCCAUGAAAGUGACGACUCUAGAUGGGAACAGUAUUCAGGAGAACAUGGACUGCAGUAUCCAGCACACCUUAUCAGUCCAAGUGCUAACCACAAUGAAAACACCACGCUACAAGAAACAGAAAUGAAAGCCCUCAGUGAGCGUGUCAGCAUCCUUUAAGUUGCAUCCCUAUAAUCUGUCAAAACACUGUGGAAUUAAUAAAUACAUACGGUCAGGUUUAACGUUUGCCUUGCAGAACUGCCAUUAUUUUCUGUCAGAUGGGAACAAAGCUGUUAUGCUGUUACACUGUUGAUGGAUCUGAGUUGCCAAGACAAAUCAACAGAAACAUUUUUGUGUGACCAACUGUGUUGUAUUUACAAAAGUUCCCCAGAAACACUAAACUUGUUAUUGUGAAUGAUUCAUGUUGUAUUUAAUGUAUUAAAACCUGUCUCCACGGUGCCUUUUCAAACUAGUAUUUUUCUUACUUGAGCCUUAUUUGGUAAGAGAACUUUCCCAUGAAGAUCUGUGUUUUUUUGUUUGUUGUUUUUUGCAUCAUUAGUUUUGUAAUUGUAAGUAAACUCUUGAAGAGUAGGUUAUUACUGCUGUUCUGUGAACAACUACUACUAUUUGGAUAAAAGCUUUAUUUAGUGCAGGGGAAAAAAUAGCAAAAAAAAUAACAGAAUGCAUAGCACUGUACAGUUCCAAAUCAGACAACCUGUGUGUAUGUUUGUGUAUAUAAAUAGACACACACAUAAGGUAUAACCUGCUAUUCAGCCUAAAUGCCUUAGUAAUGUUAACUGCAGCAUAUGCCAGUUGUAUUUUGCUUUUUCUCAAAAUAUUCUUCUCUAAUAGGAAUAUUCUGUAAUAUGUACAUUCAGAACCUAAAUAACGUCAAUUUUGUGUAUGUUUUCAAUAAAAGCCUUGUUAAAAUAGUUCACUUGAGUAACAUUACUGUUAAAAUAUCCUCAGGCUGGCAUCAGAAGUAGCUGGGUAAGUUAGCUUUAUCAUUAAGAAGACUAUGUGGAGGUAGGUAGAAAAACACAGCUAGCUAGCCUGUGGACCUAUAAAACACAUUUUGUAAGAACUGGCUUGGGCAAACUUUAUAACAUGAGUUUGUAUAGUUUUGAAGCAUACUGUGGGCAGUUGAGGACAUGGAUUUUGCACAAGUGAAAUUAAGAUGAAUUUAGUUUUUAGGGAAAUGUGCUGUUUCUGCUGAGAUCUGUUCAACCUUGAGUUCUUUUGAACUGACUAAUAUGGAUCUCUCCUAUCCUCCUUCACCUGAAAAUUUUAAAGAUACUCCUGUUAGUUUAUAACAAUUACUUUGCCUUCCAGCUCUAACCCAUUCAGCUUUAACUGAGAAAGUUGUGCAGGCUGUAAUUUGAAGUAGACACUAGAGUAACUCAGUGAUGAGCUGGAGAUUACUCUGUGCCACAGGCUUUCUCAAAAACAAAACAAACAAACAAAAAACCACAAAACAAAUAAAC